AGUCUAUAUUCGUUGGUAUUACCGAACGCCCCGAAAUUUUUUAAUUCCUCAUCGAACACGUCAGAGGCCACUCCGGCGAAUAAUCGCAGAAUAGCAUUAUCGGUGCGUGGUAUGCGUCGCGGCGCCGCCAGACUCCAGAGUAGUUCGUUCAUUGCUUGCAGGUAGCUCGGCUUUUCCGCCCCGACUUCUUUCGCGUAUAGAUUUUUGUUUAUAAAAAAUUAGACGAGAAUGAUUAGAAGCGGAAAAUGCAGCUGGCUGCUAAUGGCCGGGCUCCUCGUCGCCGUCGGCGCCGAGUGGAAUACCAACGACUACAUGAAACGAGAACAUUCGCUAAUCCGACCAUAUCAAGGAUCCGGAAUGACAAUACCCUACUGGGAUUUCAUGGGAAGUACAAUGGUUACUAAUAAUUACAUAAGAUUAACGCCUGAUGCUCAGAGUCAACAGGGUGCUAUUUGGAAUACAGUGCCAUGCAAUGUAAGGAAUUGGGAAUUACAAGUACAUUUCAAAGUCCACGGCAAAGGCAGAGACUUAUUUGGUGAUGGUCUAGCUAUUUGGUACUCUAAAGAAAGAAUGCAGCCAGGUCCUGUAUUUGGAAGCAAAGAUUACUUUAAUGGUUUGGCUGUGAUACUUGACACUUACAGUAAUCACAAUGGACCCCAUAAUCAUCAACAUCCGUACAUCUCAGCUAUGAUAAACAAUGGUUCUCUUCAUUACGAUCAUGACCGUGAUGGCACUCAUACCCAACUUGCAGGCUGUGAAGCUAAAUUCAGAAAUUUGGAACAUGAUACACACAUUACAAUAAGAUACGAAAGGGACACAUUGACAGUCUCUACUAAUAUUGCAAACAAAGGUGCUUGGAAAGAAUGCUUCUCUGUAAAAGAAAUCAAACUGCCAACUGGAUACUACUUUGGUAUAACUGCCACAACAGGAGAUCUGUCUGAUAAUCAUGAAAUCUUAUCUGUAAGAUUGUUUGAAUUGGAUCUACCAGAUGAUCCCAAAGAUCAAGAAGACAGAUCAAAGAUUAUUCCAUCCGCGGCAUACUUUGAAUCUCCAAGAGAUCAUGUUGAGGAUCCAAAACCAUCAUCCCUGAGUGGUGUGAAAAUUUUCCUACUGAUGCUUGUCGGUGCUUUAGCGCUCAUUGCUUGUGUUGUGAUUGGAAUAAUGUUCUAUCAAAAACACCAGGAAAAUAGCAGAAAGCGGUUCUACUAAAGUUACUUGUGCCUCAGUGAGUUUUUUAAAUACUGAGAGACAUUCCUUAUACUUGGAAAUAGAUGCAUUAUAAAAAUACCAAUUUUAUAUUGGUCUCUGGAAGAAAGGCGCCGACAAGUUGUGAACUAGUUUUUGAAGUAAAUAAGUUAAUCUGUGUGCCAGUGCAUGUAAAGAAAUGUUUGUGGUUUUAGUGAUUUAAAAUUUUAGCCCUAAGUUAAUCUAUACAAGUUUUGCAAUUACGUCUUUUAAUUUAUAUCGCAAGGGAUAAUGCGCGAAUGAUAAUUAUCAACGUAAUAUUUACGUUUUUAUAUAUACUUUUAAUCGGGAAUCCAUUACUUGAUUGGACAUUCGUUUUUUAAUCUGUAAGCAAUUUUUGUUUUAACAAUUGUGCAUUGAAACGUAAAUGGACUUGAAAUCAGCAAUACUCAAGUAGAGAUGCUCAUUUGCUCAGCAUAUACAAUUGUAAAUGCAACAGAUGCUUUCCUACUUUCAAUUGCUUGGAACGUCAAUGGGAAAUGAAAAAGACUAACAAACUAGAUUAUAUAUUUGUAUAUAAAUAAACGAUACAAUAAUGUCUAUAGCAAGUAAUCUUAAGAUAACUUCCUGCUGUGACAUUACUGAUUUUAUACGGAAAGCAUGAAUGUUCAAUAAAACAAAUAGUCAUAUGUAAUAAAGAAUCACUGUUUUGAGAUAAAAUUACGACGUUAUUGCUAUCUUUUCAAAUUGUUGCCAAAUGAAAUAAAUAUAUACCAACAAGUGAA